AUGAGUUAAUCAUAAAAAUUAUCUAUUUCUCCUCUUAAGAAUUAACAACCCUUUCUUCCUACUAUUUCAUUUAAAACUUCUGAAUCUCCUUCAAAAGUUUUAAUCCCUCUUGCUAAUUAUAUGUUAUUUGAAUAAAAAAAAGAUAAAAUACAAGCAAUCAAUGCUAAACAAUUGAAAUAUGAAAGAGCCUAAGUUAUAUAUAAAUAUCUUCAUUAAUAAAUACUUAAAAAAAAAGACUCUCAUUAAUAAAAAUCUAAUCAAUAAGAUAAAACUCCAAUAACUGAUUCUAAAGAUAAAAUUCAAAAUUCUAAAGAAUCUUCCUCCUCUUUUCAAUAAUUAAAGAAAAUUAUUGAGAAAUAAAGCAAUUAAAGUAUUUGAGUUUUCAUAUUUAUUUAUAGAAAUAUUAGAGGUCAGUUAAUCAUGUAAGAAUUUUACUGUUUAACCAAAUUUAUCUAAUUAAAUUCUAAAUGGAUGUAUUGUUGAAUUAGAUUAAGAAUAAGAAGAAUGUGAACAACAAAUUUCAUACUAAAUUAAGAAUAAAUUAAAUAUAUCACUUAAUGUAUAUAAUAAUAAUUUCAACGAUAAUAAUAAUUAGAAAUAAUAAAAAGUAUUUAAUUAUUAUAAAUAGGUGAUCUUGGACUAUAAUUAAUAAAAUAAAGCAUACAAAGAAAAGAACAUUUAAAUUAUUUAAAUGAUUAAGAAUGCCUAGUAAAAUCUUUUAAAACAAAGAGAUGAAGUAAGAAAAGAAUAUGAAAAAGAAUAUAAAUAUAAGAAAAUUUUAAGAUAAAAAGAAAGAAGGGAAGGAUUGUAAAAUGCAUAAUAAGGAAUUAAAAAUAGACAAUUAAAAUCAUUGUUAAAUGCUUUAAAAGGAUCUACAAUUUAAAAAUCUAAUUAAGCUCAAUAAUAAGUUUAAAAUAUUGGAAGAAAAUACUUUUUACAGAGAAGUUAAUCUACUAUAAUAAGUAGAUAGAGUUCAUUUUAAUAAUCUAACCAUGAUUACAUAACUGAUAAAUAUAAUGGUGAAAGACUUAUUGGAAAAAUUUCUUAGAUAUCUGAUGUUUGUAGUUCUGAAACCUCCUAAGACUCAAAUUUAUAAAUAUGUAAUAAUUUUUAAUUAGUAAUAGAAUUUCCUAUUAAAUCAUAAAAAGUUACAUGA